CAUCACAUUGCACUAACUCACACAUAUAUACAGUGUCUUAAUUCAUUAAUCAUCUCGCAAAUACGAUUACCGUAAAUAAUAGAAAGAAACUAUGACACUCGUGAAGUGGGCAUUGCCCCAGCUCUCAGAGCUCUUGCCUCUUGACGAAGAGUCUCUGAAGGAGAUUAUUCUGUACACUAACACACUUUCUGAUGCCGAGGCUACCAUUCAUCUCACAAGUUUAUUGGGAGACACGCCAAAGGCUGCGGAGUUUAUCACAUCUUUUAACGCGCAUCGCUCAGCUGUAACCGCUGAAAAAUCGAAGCUGUCAAGCGAUGUCAAGGGCACGCCGCCAGCAAAUGCGCCACCGGCAUAUGCGCCCCCAGCCUAUCCUGUGGUCUCGCAGAACACGAGUAUGUUACUUGGAAGGCCUCAUAUGAAUCGAGUAAUUGAGGCUGCGAACGUCCGUGCAAGAGAUGAGCAAGAGAUGCAGUUUGCGCUACAGAACCUCCAAUUGCAAUAUGGGAUCUACAACAGCGAGAUAGAACCCGAGCAUGAGUCGGACUACUACUGCGGUUGCGCCAUCCACACUUACCAGACGAGGAAAUACCACCGCUAUGGUGUGCAGGAAAUGUGGUCGAACGCGGUCAUGUAUCCAGGAGAGAAAGCUUACAAUGAGGGCUAUUAUACCUCUGGCUUGGCUAACAAUCUAUCCACUUCUAUGUUUAGUAGUAACCCAUACAAGUACAAUGUUAUCUCGCCAUAUGGCAUGUAUGUGUCUCAAUGGAGUUCUCAGAGGCCUAAGCCAGAUAGUCACGCAAUGUCAAUUCACCAAACUAUCCAGAUGAACAACAGUCUUAAUCGCCAAGCACAAGCCGAUAUUGAUGCGAAGGAACCGAGAAUUAACAUUUGGGAUGAAUUGGACGGUGUAAACACCACAAUGUCGAACAUGAGUAUUGAAGCAGCCGGUUCCAAUGCACCAGACCGAAAGGUACUACCUUAUAAGGCUUCAGAUGAGAAGCGGCAAAGCGUCGUUACUCCCCCUAAGAAUGAUACUGCAGAGGCAUCUACCAAAUCAUCUAAAUUUUCGUUCAGGAAAGCCAUCGGGAUUAAAUCAUCCGAGGAGCGAGCGGUUGCAAAAACGGAAAAGCGGAUCAGAAAAGGCCGGGAGUUACGAAACUCUAUUCUUGCCGAAGAGCGAGGCAGGUGGCCAAAUGAGCAAUGGCAACAAAUAGUCACUAGCUAUCAAGAUAAGGUCGGCAUGACUAGAAAAAUUAGGCAUCUUCGAGCUCGCCAACCUAUCCAGUAUCUGCACUUGCUCCGAGCUGGAUACUUUGAACCAAUUCCAGUUGCUUGGGCUGGCGCUACUUCUAACCCCCUGAAAUUCAGCAUUGAACCUGCCUCUGGGUGGAGAGGAAUCACACCUCAGUGGCGCGGGUAUGAGGACACAGCCGAAGAACGGCUAUAUUGGGUCCUGAACCACCGGGAAGGAGUCGCGGGCAUGCGGAUGAAGCCAGACUUCAUCUACGCAAUGGACAUGGCUCGUGCUAGGAUGGCUUCAGCGGUCGAGCCACCCCCUCAAUACUAUGCCGCCAAUGACACAUGCCAUCUUCAGCAUACAUCUCCCGGAUACUCUAAACAGGUUAUGCCAACACCAUUUAGGGCAUAUGAUCGACCAGAAGUGCCUACAGAUGAUACCAUGAUCCUCUUGGAUGUCUCCGGAUCUAUGGACUUUGAUCCUGUCCGACCAUUUUAUAACAAAUACCUUAUUACAGGCUACCAACCUUCCACCCAACCAAAGAAUAAAGAUGUUGCCAAGGCCAUUAUCCGGCGCUUCACCGACGCGAUGGCAAACCAUGACCACGCUUUCGGAGGUUACAGUCUCACGACCUUCUCGAACCAAGCCCACUACAUUGGGAACAUUAACCACCAGAAUCUUGAGGCCAUGUGGCGCAAUGUCCGCAUCGGCGGCGGAACUCGCGUCAUGACCGGCUGGCAGAAGGUCAAGGAUCUACAUUUUCAGAAACACUCCGCCUCGGCGAUUCACCACCCAGUGUAUGGAUGGCAAGCAGGUCCUGAAACACCGAUGCUGAGGUUAUUGCUCUUGCUCGAUGGCGAAGCGACCGAUAUGGAUGAGUUCGAACUAGAUCUCCUUGGACUCUCGUGGGCUCAUGUGACGAUCUUCUUGAUUGGUGUUGAUGGAUGUCCGCAUCACCAUCGCCAUGCCAAUGAGUUGCAGAGGAUCAGCGACGUCAAUCACCAUGUAUCAUUUGUUGACGCCCAGGGCAAUACGCCAGAGCGAUUCAUUACGCAUGAACUUCUCAAACGGCAUCUUGGGUAUGAAAUUUCAAUGACGGAAUUUGAGCAGAUGGAGGAAUUGCCGGCUUAUUCGGUAUCUGCAUAACCGCUUUAGGGUUCUCGUGUGUCCCAGAAGUUUGGACAGAGACGUUUGUGUGAGGUUGGUGUGACAGAUGCUACAGAGGUAGCUAAAAACUGUCUUCUGUUUAGUUUUCUAUGUAGCAUGCUAUUAUUAUGGCCAUUAACAUUGAUAAUCACAGUCUAUAAUAGGAAGUCUUGUCCGAAGCCAUAGUUGCUAUGUCAGCCCACUGUUCCUCAUCGGACCUUUGGCGUGCACGAGUACUCCCCC